AAGCAACGGAGGAAGGUGUGGCAGGCUCGCAGACUUGAAUGACGCCCGGGGAAGUGGAUCCCUCGCAGCCUGGUCAUUGGCCAAUCCUCUGGACCCGGGAAAUCCCCGGUUUGGCGACGGCCUCGCCAGAAAUUUUGGCGCAUCGAAGCUGAUUACAAACAUCUGGGAGGGUUGCGGCGGCCACCUUCGUUUCGCGUUCCGUAUUUCCGUCUCGUCGUCGUUUGCCUUUGUGUCUUCUCCAUUUCUUAUUGCUAGGACCCAGACAAGAUGUACCGCACAGCUCUCAGGUCAGCGCCCAGCGCGUUGCGCGCAGCACAACCGAUCCUUUCUUCCGGCUCCCGGCGCUUCGCAUCGACUACCACCCGGACCAGCAAAAAAGGGACAUGGAAGGGUACAGGGAUGCGAUGGGGUCUCGCCGCUGCUGCCGUUUACUUCUACAACACCAGCCCCAUCUUCGCCGAUGAGCUACCUCCCGAAGUUGGCCCCGCCCCAGCCCACUUCUCCGAUGCCGACCUUCCCACCGUCGAGGCCAUGAUCGAGGAGAAGCGCCGCCAAGUAGCAGCAGCCGCCCCGCCGCCGCCACCAAAGCCGACGAAGCCGACGGAAGUGAAGGCGGUCGAAGCCAAGGUGGAGGAAGCGAAAUCGGAGACGACCGAGGAAACGAAGCCCGCAGUGACAGAGAAGGAGGCAAACGCGGAGGCAAACGCGGACGCAGCACCCGCCCCGGAGAACGCCCCGGAACCCGGCUCGCCCGAGGCGCUGGAGCAGGAGGCUGCGCAACAGGGGGCUUUCGACCCGGAGACGGGGGAGAUCAACUGGGGCUGCCCGUGCCUGGGCGGCAUGGCUGAUGGCCCUUGCGGCGAGGAGUUCAAGGCGGCGUUUAGCUGCUUCGUCUACUCCAAGGACGAGCCCAAGGGGAUGGACUGCGUUGACAAGUUCCAGCACAUGCAGGACUGCUUCCGGAAGUACCCCGAGAUCUACGGUUCCGAACUGACCGAGGACGAUGAGGAGGAGAACGCCCAGGCCCAGGAGGUGGCCAAAGAGAUGAAGACAAAUGAGGAGACAACAACCCCGCCUCAGAAGGCACCAGAGGUCGCGCCAAAGCAAGCCACAGACGCGACCGAGGCGAACAAGGAGAAGAAGCAAUAAACGGUACCAACGGCAGAUAUCCCUGAACAUGUACAGCAAACCCGGUACGGACUGGGCGAAGAAGCAUGUCGGUUUUGAGUUGUGGUUGCGUGAGAUUUGAGCGCAACUUGUACAACGCUUAUGUACUUUAUACCAUGUAAAACCGUUAGAGCCGUUACUUUGUAACUAGAUCUCUUCUUCUCCGGUUUCUGUCAGGGGGUACCUAGUUAUUGGGACCAGACAUGUAUUUUUGUGGAGCCGGAGAGGACUACUUUGCAUGACAAGAUGUCGGGAGUCUUGGAGUCAAAGGUACCUACCCAGGUAACAAUUCCCACACGAUAAACUACACUGCACAAAAGAUAGUCAGGGGAAUCCUUCAAGCCACAAAAGCUUCUUGACAAGCA